CUACUGUUGAUAUUUUUAAUACAUGUAAGAGCACAGCAUAACUAUAUACAGAACAACCACCAUCAACAGAAACAACCAAGAUGACUAAAGUACAACCAUGGGCUUGGGUUGUUUUGACAGCAUCAUUUUCUAGCAUGUUCUUCAACUCUUCAUUUUUUGCUGUUGGUGUAAUUCAUGUGGCACUGUUAGAAAAAUAUCCAGAUGUAGAAGUAUCUACCAUUGCCUGGAUUGGUUCAGUAUUUUCCUGCAUGUUUGCUUUAUCAGGUUUUCUUGGAAGUUUCAUCAUCAACAUUUCCAAUGUAAGAACUUGUGUUAUGUUGAGUGGUUUAUUAGCAUUAGUUGGAUUUGCUACCAGUAGUAUUGUUACCGACCACAGGAUUCUCUUCAUCACCUACGGCAUUAUUGCAGGUAUUGGGCCAGCCAUGUCCAUGGCAGGAUCUUUGGUGGUUAUAGGAUAUUAUUUUGGUCCUAAAACAAGUAUGGCAACGGGUAUUGCUACGAGUGGUUGUGCUCUUUGUACCUUUAUAUUUCCUCCGCUUACUCAAUAUUGUGUGGAUACGUAUGGACUAGGUGGUGCUUUUCUCAUUCUUGGUGGACUCGGAUUUCAGUCAGCAGUUUGUGGGGCAUUGAUGAGGCCGACAAAAUAUGAAAUUCGCUCAAAGAAAAAAUCUAAAUGUUGUACUUCGACAUCUCAACCAAAGAUAUUUGCAUGUUUUUUAAAACGUAAUGUGAUCUUAUUUACUUCUCCAUCGUUUUGGUUAUUGUUGAUUUGCUCCUUUUCAUUUCAUGUUGCUCUUUCGUGUGUAUACUUAUAUUUACCGGACUAUCUCAACCAUCAGGGAUCUUCACAUCAAGAGGCAGCCAUCGUUCUUUCAAUUACUGGUGUUACUGGAAUUCUUUCGCGUAUUUUACUUGGAUUCCUUGCUUCAAAUGUUGAUGCAUCGUUAGUUCUCGGUAGCACCUUGGGUAUCAUGGGUAUUAUCACUUUUUUUAUAAAAUAUAUGAAGACUAUUGGCAGUAAAAUAACGUAUACAACCUUAUUGGGUUUUUAUACUGGUGGGUCCUGGGCAUUGCAAUAUACACUACUAGUGGAGAUCGUUGGUUUGUAUCAACAGUCAACAGCGUAUGGUGUUAUGAUGCAUAUUAGUGGUAUUGGUUACAUGGUUGGACCACCAUUUGCUGGUAAGUGA